GCUGUUGACUUCCGGUCAUGUCACAAACGCCGGAAGUGCGACGUCUACUAGCCAGCGAUGUUGAGCUAGAGUAUACGCAUACUUCCAUAAAAAUGUAUUAUAUAAUUUCAGUAGUCGCGUUUCCUGUAUUUAUUUUAAAGCAAAGUGUACGAUUUGAAUCCAAUCGUGUGUGGGUGUAAACUGAUGGACAAGGACAAGAAUCACGACAUUCCUGAACUCAGCUCUUGGAUGGAGAUGCACCAGUUCAUCGGCGACCUCCUGGCGUCGUCUUCUGGGAGCUCCGCGAAGGAGCAGGCCAACGUCAUGAACGCGUGGAGCACGUUAGGAGGCGACACGUUCCAACAACGAGCCCGACCGAUGCACGACAAGACCGAGGCAGCCCUGAGGAAAAGUAAGCAUAUAGACGAUGUGCACCAUGUCUGCACCUGCCCCGGCUGCCCGUUCUCUCCCAGACAAGCCUCGUACUCACUUCUGCACUCAGAAGCUCCAAAAGAGCGCGGCACCUCCACCGCCGGCACCCGCAAUUCUCUUCCGUUGAGCUCAGCUGACGGCUGCCCCGAACCAAGCGGCUCAUCUGAGAGCAGGCCCGACGCGGAAACUCCUCCAUCCAGACUGUCCUCCUUCAGCCGCCUCUCCUCCGUAUUCCCUUGCUCUGCAUUCUGCCACACGCACCACCACUUCCACCACCACCACUGCCCUAUCAGUACGUGUCUGCCGUGCCCUCCACCUCCCUUCCCCUGCCUGGCGUCUUUCCAGCCCUGCCCGCACCAGCGCGGGGCGGAGGAACGCGGCCGCCCGGCGAUGGCCGCCUCGUCGCACCCCUGCAUGCACUGCUCCGCGUCCUUCUCCAGACCCUCGCAGCUGCUGCAGCACCAGCGCGCCGAGCACACCCACAAGCCGUCCGGCUUCCUGUGCAUGCAGUGCGGGCGGACUUUCAACUCGCACAGCAACCUGCGCAUCCACCUCCACGUGCACACGGGCGCCCGGCCGUACACGUGCUGCGACUGCGGCAAGGGAUUCAGCCAGUCGGGCGCUCUGAAGAUCCACAGGCGGAUCCACACGGGCGAGAGGCCGUACUCCUGCGGCUUCUGCGGGAGGGGCUUCCCCCACCUGGCGGGGGUCCGAGCCCACCAGAGGAUCCACACGGGGGAGAAGCCUUACCGCUGUAGCGAGUGCGGGAAGUGCUUCACCCAAUCCGGAGCCCUCAAGAUUCACAUACGCAUCCAUACCGGAGAGAGGCCGUUCGUCUGUAACAUCUGCGAUAAAGCCUUUUCCAACCGCUCCGGCAUCCGCUUCCACAACCAAACGGUUCACGGUCUGGCCCCGGAGCAGGCGGGGCUCGCGGGUGCGCCACUCGGGCGUCCUCGUGCCUAUCCGCCCGCCGGUCUUCUGAACACGCUUCACGGCCCCGACAGCGGCACGUCGUCGCAGACCGGGAGUCAAUCUGGAUUCACGCUGCUUGGCGGAAACACGAGCAAGUGUCAGACGGAGGGAGAGAGCGCAAGGCUGACGUACGCGUGCGAGGACUGCGGUCUGCGUUUUAAAGACGCGCCUUCCCGGAACAGACAUCAGACUGUGGUGCACUACUCUGCGGAGGAGGGGCCUGCCAAAGAAGCAAGCACAAAUGAGGGAGUCACUCACGACAGUGGAGAGUGAGUUAGUUUUGCAACACCAAAUUGUUGCCAAAAUACAUUUGUCAGGCAAAAGAAAGUAUUGCUUGACCUUCCACUAUCGAAUACAGUGGAACCUCCAAAGUCACACAGCCGAUGCUCUUUUCAUUCGUUUGUUAAACGCCGGGAGAACAGUAAAACAAACACAAUGAGCACGCCUACGCAGGAACUGCUGCCAGCCACAGCUCACGCCCAGACACUCCCACGCAGACUCGCUGACAUCACACGCUACCCCACCAGGUCCCGCCUCUUAAAGGCGCAUAUCUAACACACAGACACUACAUUAAGUUCAGUAUUUUACUUUUACGCUUGCAAUUUGCAACUUCUUGUGCUCAAAUAUCUUUACAAUGUGUUUUAAAUGUGUUUUAUAAGUUUAAAUGUGUUAACCUGUGGUAGGGGUAACAGUAUAAAAUGUUAAAUAUUUUUUUAAUAUAGUUUCUCUGUAUUGUGGAUUUUCACCUAUUGUGGCUCGGUCUGGGAUGACGUAUCCAUGAUAAAUGUGGGUUUACAGUACAACUCUUGUCCAAUUUAUAUUAAGAAGGGAUGUCAUGGAAUUUUAAACCGGUUAAAGUGAGAAAAUCUUUUGACUUCAUUUUAGUGUUUCACUUUUUUUACUUUUGUUUAGUUAAGGUUUCAUGAUGGUGACUUUGGAGGUUCCGCUGUUCAGUUCCUACUUUAAUUGGAAAUAACUUGUUUCCAAACAUGAGCUGGGAUGAGCUCCAGCUUCAUCGCUGCUCAGUAUCAGCAAGAAUACAGUAUGAUUACAGGACAUUUUGUUAGUGACACCAGCACAAUCUUUGGACUUCAAUACUGUAUUUGUAUUCAUUUGUCAAUAUUCUUUUUUACUGUGGUUGUAGAACUGCACUGCAUCAUACUGAAAGUGUUUUAAAACCUAUUAUGUACCUAAAGUUAUGACCAGUGAUGCAUUGUGUUCACAAGCAAAAUAGCUUUGUCGUGCCUUACAAGUGAAAUGUUUCCCCCUUUUAUUGUUGACCAAAUGACACUACAGUGACCUUCAAAUUAAGCACUUUUUGUGCAACCAUUAGUUGCGUUAUAAAACAAAAUUGAUGAAACAGCUGUAGUUGACAAAAAAAAAGCAGUUUAUUUUUAAUUAAAUGUGUGAAUCUUAAAUUUAAGACCAACAUUGUGCCAAAAAGUUGAUAAAAUUCACAAUUGUUUAUCUUGUGUUUAAAUGUAUUUGUGUAAAGGAAACAUUUGUUGCGUUCUUAUGUUAAAAAAAAACUUGAAAAAGGGUGUCACACAAUCUUUUGUUUCUUUUUUUUUUUUUUGCAGCACAGGUACAACAUAGAAUCUCAACAUGUCAAUUGUGCCUUUAUGUGUCAUAAAAUAUUCCAUUAAGAAACAUAUUAAGCAUGUUGCACUCAAUACUGUACUAGCCACUGUCCAGUCCACUUGUUAGACGUUUAGAGCUCGCUAGAGCCACCUGGUGGUAACGUACAGUACAUGUCCACCACGUCAAUCCCAUUUAAUCACAUUUGUUGGAAGAAAAGGUGACUAAAUACUUUUGCGUGUCGUUUGUUGUUUUUGCAUCUGUAAAAAAAAAAGUGCAGCUUGUGACCAAAACAACCUUUCAUCAACAAUAAUAAAAAUACAUGAAAUAUG